UUAAACCAUUCUGGUUAUUUGGUGGGCUCUCGCUCUCUCUCUCUCUCUCUCAUCGAGGAUUGUCUGCAACUCCUCAACUCUAUCUUCAACUCAAGAAGGCAAUAGGUAAAUCCAAUACUUAAUUUAUCUCCCUAUACAAUUUCUAUUUUCACCAGGAAACCCUACGUUUCUCUCUCUAAAACCACUGGUGAGAAACGUAAGAAACCCUAGCUUUCUCUCUCUAAAACCAGCAGUACCAUCCCUUUGUUUCGAAACCUAGAACGAGUUAAUUAGACUUGCACAGCUUUUCCUCUCUAUUGGAAAGUUCUACUCUCUAUAAGCCUAUAUAUCUUUCUCUCUGUGUAAACACCAUGGACGAGUAUCAGCACAUGGAGGGGUUCUCCAUGGACAACGACUACGAUGACGGCCAGUGGAUUGGUGGCGAAUUCUACUACAAGAGCCGGAAAGUGAAGCGCCAUCAAACAAGGGAUGAUGUUUUGUUUGGUGUAUUUGCUGGUUCUUCAUCAGAGGAUGAAGGAUCCUCGAAAAAACGCAGAAGAGAUGGAGUUUCAAAGCGGGCAGAUCUCACAAAACCAGUCAAUUUUGUUUCGACUGGUACUGUGAUGCCCUCUAAGGAAAUCGACCAAAACAUCGAGGAAAACAGUGAGGAGAGGAUGGGUCUAGGGAUGGAACAAAAGGAUGGGGGGUUAGGUUCAGGGCUAGGGUUUGUGUCAGAUUCUCAUGGAGAAGAGAGAGGUUCAGGAUUAGGGUUGGGUUUUAGUCGUCAGAACAAGGACAAUGGUGAUGGAGAUGGUGGUGAUGACAAUUUUCUGCCUACUGCAUUUGGGCGAAAAAUUAAAGAAGGGGUGCAGAGGAGAGAGAAAGAAAGAGAGAGAGAAAGGGAGAGAGAGAUGUCAAAGGGGAAGAUGAAAUCAAGCAAAGUAAAAGGGGAAUUUGGAGAUGUAGGGGAGUUCGAGAAGCAUACAAAGGGGAUCGGUAUGAGAUUGCUCGAGAAAAUGGGUUACAAAGGAGGAGGACUUGGAAAAAAUGCACAGGGUAUUGUUGCCCCCAUUGAAGCCAAGCUUAGACCCAAAAAUAUGGGAAUGGGUUACAAUUCUUACGAGGAGAAGUCAAUGGGGUUGGCCCCAUUACCAGGAUUAGAUGAAAAAAUGGAUGUUACAACGACUGUAAAGCCCAAUAUUCGUUCCAGAGAUAAGCUUUGGUUGAAGCUAAACCGAUCAAGGAUCAAUAAGAAAGACUAUGUGACAGCUGACGAAUUGUUAGCGAAGAAGCAAGAACAGGGGUUCGAGAUGGUUCAGAAGGUUUUGGAUAUGAGAGGUCCUCAAGUUAGGGUUUUGACGAAUCUCGAGAAUUUGAAUGCUGAAGAGACUGCUAAAGAGAACCAGAUACCAAUGCCUGAACUUCAAUACAAUGUAAGAUUGAUUGUCGACUUAGCAGAAGCAGAUAUUCAGAGGCUGGAUAAAGAUUUGAGGAGAGAGAGGGAGACAGUAGUGGCUCUCCAGAGAGAGAAAGAGAAGCUUCAGGAGGUGGAAGCUCGGGAACAGAAGCAAAUGGACAAUAUGGAGGGUAUCUUGGGUGCUUUGGAUAAGGUUCAGGAAGCAAAUUUGGCUGGGACUUUGACAUUGGAUUAUCUCUCUAAAAUUUUCAGUGAGUUGCAGAGCCAAUACGAAGAAGACUACAAGUUGGGUAAUCUGUCUUGCAUUGCCUGUGCAUUUGCAUUACCUCUGAUGAUUCGGCUUUUUCAGGGUUGGCAACCAUUGUUGAACCCACUGCAAGGGGUGGAGGUUAUGUCAUCCUGGAAGGAGCUGUUACAAGGGAAUGAUGCAAUUGAUUAUGGUGGUGUAUACACUGAUUCGGAGCUUGGUGUUUCAUCACCCUAUGCACAGUUGAUAAGGGAAGUUGUUCUCCCAGCUAUUAGAAUUGCAGCAACAAAUUCAUGGGAGCCUAGAGACCCUGAACCCAUGUUAAGAUUCUUGGAGUCUUGGGAUAAGCUUUUGCCACCACAAGUUCUCCAGGAAAUUCUUAUUAAUAUGGUAAUGCCCAAAUUAUCGGCAGCUGUUGAUUCAUGGGAUCCACGUCGAGAAACUGUUCCCAUACAUGCAUGGUUGCAUCCAUGGCUUCCACUUUUAGGAGACAAACUGGAGCCUUUGUACCAUCCAAUUCAGUUUAAGCUUGGAAAUGUUCUGCAUGCAUGGCAUGCUAGUGAUGCAUCAGCAUAUGCGAUUCUAUCUCCCUGGAGAACAGUCUUUGACCCCAUUAGUUGGGAACGCUUGAUUGUGCGUUAUAUAGUUCCCAAACUAAUGAGCGUUUUACAAGAGUUUCAGGUCAAUCCAGCAAACCAAAAUUUGGAUCAGUUUUAUUGGGUCAUGUCAUGGGCAAAUGCCAUACCCAUUCAUCACAUGGUAAACCUUUUAGAAGUAGGUUUCUUCACAAAAUGGCAACAAGUUUUGUAUCACUGGUUGUGCUCAAACCCCAACUUUGAGGAAGUGACCCAAUGGUAUUUGGGGUGGAAGGACCUUUUUCCAAAAGAAUUACUUGCAAAUGAGAGAAUAAGGCUUCAGUUGAAUGUGGGUCUUAAUAUGAUGAAUCAAGCAGUGGAAGGAAUGGUGGUUGUUCAACCAGGGGUUAGGGAGAACAUCAGUUAUCUUAGGGUUACAGAGCAAAGGCAAUUCGAGGCUCAGCAGCAAGCUGCUGCUUUUGCGCAAAAUCAGGGAGCCUCGGGUGUUCAUAUGGACAACAUGGGUGUGCCUGAAAUGAGCUUAAAGGAGGCUAUUGAAGCCUAUGCUCAAGACAAUAACCUCCAAUUUUUGCCUAAGGUUGGUCGUACUCAUGAUGGGCUUCAGGUAUAUGGCUUUGGAAAUGUUAGUGUUUGUGUGGAUUCUGUGAAACAACUGAUCUUCGCCCAAAGUGGGGACAGAUGGGUUGCUGUCUCUCUUGAGCAAUUGAUGGAGAUGCAACGCACUCGGCGUGCCGGAGCUCGCUAAGUUUUGUAUCUGUAAGAGAAAUUUUAUGCCUUUGAAUUACUUCAUAAUGUACCAAUUUUAUUUGUGUAUUAUUUAUAUAAGUUUCAUUUUAACUUC